GGUGAGCCAGGCAGCUGCUCUGUAUGUGUCGGUCAGACAGUGCCUGUGCUCGGGCUGUGCGUUGCUGCAGCAUGCGGGGGAGAGGAAGAUAAUCCCCCAUGUGUGAAUGUCUUAUGGGAGGGUGACCCCACAGUUUGGGUAGGCUGAUGAAGCCGACAAGGGCGAGGGUUGUGGUUAAAGCCCGAGCUGGAUGGAUGGGCAUGGGGAGAGGGGCAGGACCCAAAGCCCUGGGACUCUUCUACAUCCUCAUCGUCAUCUUGUGCACAUUGCACACAGUCAGCGCAUCAUCGUGUAGAAUUCUGAAGUGUAAUUCUGAAUUCUGGUCGACAACAUCCAGCUCCCAUCAUCACACGGGGCUAGAGGACUCUGUGGAGUUUUGCACGGCACUACGGACCUAUGCUCAUUGCACACGCCGCACUGCCCGAUUUUGUAGAGGAGACUUGGCUUACCAUUCAGCUGUCCAUGGCAUUGACGACCUCAUGAGUCAGCACAACUGCUCCAAAGAUGGUCCCACCUCCCAGCCUCGUGUACGAACCCCACCUCCGUGGGACAGCCAGGAAAGGUCUGACAGCCCUGAGAUCUGUCAUUACGAAAAGAAUUUCCAUCGGAACACGGCUACCCCAAACUACACCCAUUGUGGUCUAUUUGGGGACCCCCACCUUAGGACGUUUAUGGACACUUUCCAGACAUGCAAAAUUCAAGGGGCGUGGCCUCUCAUAGACAAUAAUUACUUGAACGUGCAAGUCACCAACUCUCCGGUACAUUUGGGGUCCACUGCAACUGCUACAACCAAGAUAACCAUAAUCUUCAAGAACUUCCAGGAGUGUGUUGAUCAGAAGGUUUACCAGGCCGAGAUGGAUGAGUUACCUGCAGCCUUUACAGAUGGUUCAAAGAAUGGUGGGGACAAGAGUGGAGCCAACAGCUUGAAAAUCAUUGAGAAAGUGGCCGGGCAGCACAUAGAGAUUCAAGCCAAGUACAUUGGGACCACCAUAGUGGUCCGGCAAGUAGGUCGCUACCUGACCUUUGCAGUGCGGAUGCCUGAGGAGGUGGUGAAUGCCGUAGAGGACAAAGAAAACCAAGGUCUUUAUCUGUGCCUCCAGGGUUGUCCUCAGAAUCAGCAAAUUGACUUUCGAACCUUCCACUCCCAAACCCCAGAAACUGGACCUCGGAGGCAUGGGGCUGUUUCCAGUGGUGCAUCAUUCACCCCUCCAAUGGCAGAAGCCAAAUGCAAGGAGAAGCUGCCAGUUAAGGACCUUUACUUUCAGUCCUGUGUGUUCGACCUGGUUACUACAGGAGAUGUGAAUUUCACUUUAGCUGCUUAUUAUGCUUUUGAGGAUAUGAAGUUAUUGCACUCCAACAAGGACAAAAUACAUCUGUAUGAAAGGACCACGGGGCCUGGAAAUGCAGCUCCUCAAAUAAGCCAGGAGAUUGCCAAACUCCUUGUGGCGAUAGUCUUUUGUGUUUCAGUGUUGCUGUAAUGUUAUGUUUACUGUGUAAAUCUUUUUGAGAUUAGUAAGCAAUCCCAGAGUUUCGGGCUCAGUUAACCAAGAUCCAUUUGUAUCUGUGAAAGCACAAAGCGUAACAUCUGUAUAAUCACAUUCAUCAUUUAUUUGAUGUAUUUAACAGCUUUCUAAACGUACACUUUUAGAUAGCUUUCAAACUCCAGGAAGAGGGCAACACUUGCUUGACUCCUGAGGGUUUGUUCUAGUGAUACCAUAUCUGCCCUUCAUCCAAUGUGUAAACACAAUGUUAAGAUCUUCUUUGGAAUAGUAUCUUGAAACAAGCUGAAAGUUCUCGCAUUGGUGUAUUGCAGGUGUGUGUAAUCCUUCAGGUUAUGACCUCAAGUUGAGCUGAACCUUUUAACCUUGCUUGUGCAUGUCUUUUGCACAAAAUAAUUGUGGCUCAUACACAGGUGUUUGGCUGUCAAGACUGCUAGCAGAGUUUAUGUGCACCAUACCUCAUCUAUUGUCCACACUUUGAAGUUACAUAGAAGAAGAGCAUCCCCUGUGGCUUACUUGUGGUACUGCAAGUAUCAUAUCGGCUGUGAAAUUUUAUCAUCUUGUGAAUGUGGCUUUUGUGAUUUCAUAGUUGUGACUGCAUGAACAAUUUAGUGGUGCUCACUCCCAUACGGAUUCUGUAUCAACAAUGAGAAUUUUUAAUGACAAGUGUUUAUGUAGAAUGUAGCAAUAAGCUAUCUUCAUACCCACUGCACACUUGCUAUACAGUUAUGGACAAAACACUGCUUCCCAUUGAAAGAAAUGUAUGCAAAUAAUAUUUCUUCUCAAUAAGCGUUAUAGAGUCCUGAUAUGUUUAACACUGGCCUCAGAGUAACAAAUUCUUCAUUUUUUGUUUAAAGCAACCCAAAAACUCUUAAAAUGAAAUAACUGAGAUGUUAUGCAAUCUGUAAAAUCCUCAAGGGUCUAACACAAAAAAAAUAAUAAUUCUCCUUAAACUGCAGGCCUGGGUUAACUUUACAUUUGACUAUAUAUAACCCUAAUGGGAGCACUUUUAUGGACCUGAUGGUCAAGGUACAUGCUGUUAUCCCUUAGCUACAGGUGUAUCUAGAUAAGGAAUUGUAGGAACUAAACAGCAGACCUGGAAUUAAGAGCGCUUAUAUUACAACUAUGUUGUAUCUGUGAGGCAGCCUCUGUCUAGUGACAAGUGAAGCAGCAUCCUAGAACUCAUUAUGUUAUAAAUUCCAGACUGGUGUGUAGAAUAGCCUGGUCUUUAGACUGGUGUUCAUAGUACAGGCCGUUUACUGGUAUGACACCGAUUACUGGAGCAGAUGUAUAGUGUAAAUAUAUACUUAUAGGAGUCCGAUGUAAAGCAAAACAAAUGCAACUUGUGUUGGAUGUAAUUUAUGUUGUCUGUAAUAUAUGGAGCUUUUGUGGUUCUUUUUAUAAAUUGUGUCACUGUACAUAGGAAGAGAUGUAAUGUGUUCCAGUGUAUAAAAAAAAAAAAAUAGAUGUGGUAACUACUUUUCACCCUACUAAGCUUAAUCCCGACUUUCACUAAUGUGCUGCACAAGCUUAAAGCACUCAUCAACAGAUGCAGAAAAUGAUAUGACAGCAGUUACACAAUAUAUGAUGAGCAUUCUUUUUGACUGGCAUGGUAACGCACCCCUUAAAGUGUACCUGCUGCCAGGAAAAGAAGCACAGCCUCUCCAUUCUUUAAAAAACUGUUGACCCCACUGAGGGCUUAAUUCAUGUUUGUAUGCACAUGCCUGCGCAGCUGCAAUUUUUCAGGCUAUGGACUUGCUGAUCAUCUUAAGUGAAGCUGCUGCCCAGAAAAGACUGUAGACGUCCACUGGAGCCAUCGUAAAGUCAUAGAGAUAUAGGGCGGUAUUCAGUUUAUAUUUCACCCCCAAUCUCCUUUCUAAAUUGAUCCCCGUUAUAAUCAGGUUUAGCUGCGUAAAGGGUUGGGCGCCCUAGCUAUCCUGGGGGUAGCGAGCUGAAAUGAUUAUACUACGCCCGUCGGCAAAAACAGUAUGGGUGUGGAAGGGGAUGAAAAUAAUUGAAUACCGUCCACAGAAUUUAAUGGCAGAUACGAACCACUUGGCCCAUCUAGUCUGUCCAAAACACAUGUACAUGCAUAACACACUAGGGUUAUUUGUGGGAGCCAAUUAACCUACCAAUAUAUUUUUGGAUUGUGGUAGGAAACGAAAUACCAGGAGAAAUCAUACAAACUCCACACAGACUUGUCCAUGGUGAGAAUCAAACUCAUGACCACACUGCUAUGAGGCAGUAAUGCUAACCAUUACACCGUCUGCACUACCCUCAGCGACUGCAUACACAUGCUCAGCAUCAAUUCAAUAACAAGGAAACAUCGACUCCUCGAGUGAGUCUAUGGUCUUGUAUACUGACCACCGCAGUAACGACGCUGGCACCAUGUUUCUCUACAUGAUUGCAGCUUAAUGCAGGAACACAUCCCAAAAAUGGCUAUGGCCUGCUUGCAUUUUGGCUGCCAUUCUCCCGUUAUCUCCCUCAAAUGGUCCCUUCCUGUCAAUCACUCUGUGUUUAAAAUCUCCCAGUGAGCGGCAUUGCAAAGGUACCUUGGCGUGUGUGCAGUGCGAUUUGCGGCACAUGCGACAUGUACAGUCUGCCAAUAACAUCAGCACUGCGUACAAACAUGUAUUGGGCCUGGAGUUGGAUGACAUACUUCAGUGGUAUUGGUUAGUGAAUUGAUAGCCUGCGUUCAUACCACACAAUUGCUGUCGCAAUGUUUUCUGUGUAUGUAUUUUCAUUUAUUGUUCCAAAACAUUCUCAGAAGAUGCACAUUCAUGCUAGUAUAAUGAGAUUGCAUUAAUGGCAGCUCCUCUCUAUUUGAAUCCUAUAUCUUUCUUUAUUGAAUCAGACAUCGCUCGAAGUCCAGCGAUUCAUGUUAGGAGAACAACUCAAUUCAAGUAUCCGCUGUGAAAAAUAAUGCAGCUGGCCUUUAUUGUGCAGGCUUCAUUAGUACGCCCAAAAAGCAGCUGGACAAGAAUUGUCGUAUCUGGUAGCCAUCAGCCCGCUGGAGAGUGGCCUACUAGCUUCUGUGGGAUUGGUUCGGAGAGCUCUGGGUUAAUACACGGUCUCAUUGGUUACCCCAUAUUUUGCUGGCUUUUGAGCAUUAAUUAGCACAUGCAUGGAGAUCCUUUGACAGUCCAGCUGCUCUUGAACUACAUUUACCAUAAUGCUUUGCCAGCUCAUUGACACGGAAAGGCUGAGUUACUGCAUCAUGCUCAUUGAGUUGGUGGAUGUGACUAGCUGUUGCCUGCCACAAGUGCAGUCACAUUUCAUGCUACAGUAAGUGCUAGUAGUUUGUGCAGCUGUAAUCCUCUAACCAACAGCAAGCAUGUUGCUGUGUGUAUGUCUCGUGUGUAGUAUAUUGCAUACUGUAUGGAGUAACUGUAAUGCCCAACCUGUUUAGCAGUUUACACCACUGUCAUUUUGUGGCGUGAGAAAAGACUGUUGCCAGUUUAAAUCAAUAUUUAGAAAUAUAACAUAGCGAAGCACUUUAUUUUGGUUGUGUUUUUAACAAGACUUCUUGUUAAAUUAUACCAAGAUAGACCCAAGUGAUGAAGAAGUACCGCAAAAGGGAAAACAAUAACUGUGUGUUCUUAAAUAUGCUCAUAAACAUUGACUCAUGUAGAUAAUGUAAAUUAUUUAUUGAAAAAAUGCAAGUAAAGGUUUUUAACAUUG